CCUUACCGUAUAAGCUGAUAUACUAGUAUGUACGUCAGCGCCCGCUUCCUUUCUUCUUCAACACAGUGACAAUUUCAUUUGUUCUCGAAACGAGAUAAACCUCAUCACGAUGAGCGUCCUCAGGCCCUUCAAAGCGAAUGAUCUGUUCAGGUUCAACAACAUCAAUUUGGACGUCUGGACGGAGACUUACGGUAUUCCCUUCUAUCUAACUUACCUUCAAAGGUGGUCAGACCUUUGUUUCACUCAAGAAAGCCCAAGAGGCCGGUUGCAAGGCUACAUUCUUGGCAAGGCUGAAGGUGUACAAACCGAAUGGCAUGGUCACAUUACAGCCGUUUCGGUUGCUCCAGAGUACCGUCGUCUCUCUCUAGCACGAAACAUGUGCCAGCGUCUCGAAUUUGCCUCAGACGGGAUAUACAAAGGGUACUUCGUGGAUCUUUAUGUGCGCUGUAACAAUGCACUAGCCAUCAAAAUGUACGAGGGUAUGGGAUAUAGCGUGUACAGGCGAGUAAGAGAAUACUACGGUAAUCUUGGGGUAGGGAAGGAUGGACGAGACGAGGAGGACGCGUUUGAUAUGCGAAAAUGUUUGUCACGCGACGUGGCACAACGAUCUAUACGGUCUAAUGGUCGAGAUAUGAUAGUCAGUGCUCAUGAUGUCUCGUAAAUCGGUAGACGUAUUCUGUGGAUGUUCGUUCACAAACUAUUGCCUGCAUUACAAUGCACCG